GUGGAGAUGCUUCUCAGUCGCUUUUUCCAUUACAUGGUGUACUCAAACAACUUUCUAAUCAAGAAAACUCACAACUUUUCUUCUAACUCAGUUACCAACCGUGUCUCUCUCUACCUCCACCGAGCAAGACUCAUUGAUUCAAUCAGACUUGCACUUCGAUCCAAAGCACCUCAGUCCAUUAUUUCCCUUUUCAAUGAUCCUGCAGUUGACUCAUUUGUUAUCACUCAUGCCCUCCGAAGUGCUCCUUCACCGGACUCAGCCCUUUCCCUCAUUGAAACCCUAAAUACACUCCCAAAUUUUUCACAUACCCAAACUACUCUUCAUGCUAUUGCUAAAAUCUUAUCCAAGACUCACCGAAGUGCUGAACUCCAAACCCUUAUCAAUGCCAUUAAUGCUGGAAAGUUCAAGAAUGUUGCACGGAUCAGCUUUAUGGACCGAUUAAGGUGGUAUGCAGCUACUGCUGACCUUGACUCAGCAAUCCAAGUUUGGAAUGAGUUGAGACUUGCUCUCCCUGAUGGAAAGAAGCGUCCUUGUACUGAGUCUUACAACAUCCUUAUGAGUCUCUUUGCAAAUAAGGGUAAAAAUUCAGAAGCUGUUCAGAUGUUCUACCAGAUGAUUAACGAAGGUAGAAACCCUAAUUCAAGGACAUACACGGUUGUCAUUGAGCACCUUGUGGGUUCUGGGAAGUUGGACUCAGCAAUGGAGGUUUUUAAGAGAUUACCCUUGAUGAGAAUCAAACGCACGUUGAGGCAGUAUUCUGUUUUGGCUAAGGGUUUCACAGAUAUGGAGAGAUUUGAUGAGGUUAAGAAAUUGAUCAAGGACAUGCAGAAUGAUGGAAUUUUGCCUGGUCGAGCUAUGCAGUUGUCACUAAAAUGUAUGCAAGAGGCUGGUUAUGUUGAGGAAACAGAGGAGUUUCUCAGGGAAUUAGCGCCAGAUAACAGAAUUGGUAAUGUCGGGUUUCUCGUAGAUGAAAGUGACAAUGAUGAGGAGGUGGAUAGUGAAGAUGAUAAUGGAGAAGCUGAUGGUGAUGUAGUUCAAUUGAAACCUUGGCUUGAUCCGAGCGCUCUGGCAAGCGCAUUGAGUGAUUGGAGUGAUACAGAGGUUUCAACAUUGACAGAUGCAAAUUUUGUAUGGACAACUCGGUUGGUUUGUAAGAUGCUUAGGAGUUUCAAGAGAACAGAGACAGCAUGGCAGUUCUUCUGUUGGGUUGCAUGUCAGCCUGGAGGAUUUACUCAUGAUAUCUAUACAGUCUCAAGGAUGAUUGUCAUUUUAGCACGUCAUGGACAUGUUGAAUUAGUCGAUCAACUUAUGCUUAAGAUGAGAAGAGAAGGGAUUCGGUUAUCAUUCAGCACUCUGAGAUUAAUCAUUGACUUAUAUGGUAUUUCUAAAAAAGCUGAUGCUGCUUUGAAGGUCUUCCAUGAUGUUGAACUUGUUUGUGGUGCAGUGUCAAAAUUGAAUCUAAUGCUUUUGUAUUCGUCACUUCUGUGGACAUUGGUCAAGUGUAGGAGAGGUUUGGAUGCUAUUGACGUACUUGAAGAGAUGAUAUUAUCAGGGAUUCUACCUGAUAUCCAGACAUAUUGUGGGUUGAUGCAACACUUUGCUCUUGAAGGAGAUUUGAGAAUGGUACAGAGGCUGUUUGGAAUGGUUAGGCAGAGCAGUAUAAAUCCGAAUGCUUACAUGUUUCAGUUACUUAUCCGUGCUUACUGUAAGAGUGAGAAAGCAGCUCUUGCAUUUAGGAUUUUCGAAGACAUGAGGAACUUGAAUUUAAUCCCUGACGCUGCCACAAAAGCAUUACUUGUGAAGAGUCUUUGGAAGGAAGGUAAACUGAGGGAAGCUUCUGCUGUAGAGGAGCAAAGUGAGGAGAUAAAUGGUGUUCUUCCACUUGCAUUACCAGGUCAUGCAUGGACUAUGAGCUCUGCUGAUCUGACAGAAGUCUACAAUAUUUAUUCCAGUUGUUUUAUGAUGAGUGGUGUUUAAGAGUUAUUACAAUGACAAGUCAAGUGAAGCACUUAAAAGUGGUAAGUUUCCAUUUCAACACAAAUUGCUGUUGAUACUAUUCGGUGGCCAUUCUUGCCCUGUUUCCUUUUUGCCUUAUUCUUCUGCUGUGUGUA